AAAGUGCUGAAAGUUCCAUCCCCCGAGCGCGCGGGGCCUCGUGGAUUUAAGCCCGGAGUCUGCAGGGAGGUGCCUCUUUUUCGCGGGAGCGUCCGCCGUUGCACCGAGGAUCCCAUUUUUGCAGGCACCUAGUUCUUCCAGCUGCCAUGGCCAACACGAACGCGGGUGGAGACCAUGUCACCAAGGACCUCUGGCUCUCCCACAACAAGAUGGUGAUGGAAGCCCUGGACACCAAUGACCCCGAGGUCUACGAUAUUAUCAAGAAGGAGAAAAGGCGACAGAGACUUGGGUUGGAGCUGAUCGCAUCUGAAAACUUUGCCAGCCGAGCUGUUUUGGAGGCAUUGGGCUCCUGCCUGAACAACAAAUACUCAGAAGGAUAUCCGGGGCAAAGAUACUAUGGUGGGACAGAAUUUGUCGAUGAGUUGGAAAGACUUUGCCAGAAGAGAGCCCUGGAGGCCUAUGGGCUAGACCCACAGAAGUGGGGCGUCAACGUCCAGCCCUAUUCAGGGUCCCCUGCAAACUUUGCCGUGUACACUGCCCUGGUCGAGCCCCACGGGAGGAUCAUGGGCUUGGAUCUGCCAGAUGGGGGUCACCUCACACAUGGCUUCAUGACCGACAAGAAGAAAAUCUCUGCCACAUCCAUCUUCUUUGAGUCCAUGCCUUACAAGGUCAACCCCGAAACGGGCUACAUCGACUAUGAUCGAUUGGAGGAGAACGCCCGCCUGUUUCAUCCAAAGCUGAUCAUUGCAGGGGUCAGCUGCUACUCCCGGAAUUUGGACUAUGCCAGGAUGAGGAAGAUCGCAGAUGAGAACAGCGCCUACCUCAUGGCUGACAUGGCCCACAUCAGUGGCUUGGUGGCAGCUGGCGUGGUGCCCUCCCCCUUCCAGCACUGCGACGUGGUCUCCACCACCACCCACAAAACCUUGCGGGGCUGCCGAGCUGGCAUGAUCUUCUACCGGAAAGGUGUCCGCAGCGUCGACCCCAAAACAGGGAAGGAGGUCCUGUAUAACCUGGAAAGUCUCAUCAAUCAGGCCGUCUUCCCUGGUCUCCAGGGGGGCCCUCACAAUCACGCAAUUGCAGGAAUUGCUGUGGCUUUGAAACAAGCCAUGACUCCCGAAUUCAAGACCUACCAGCAGCAGGUGGUGGCCAACUGCAAGGCUUUGUCAGCCGCUCUCAUCAGCUCGGGAUACCAUGUCGUCACUGGGGGCUCUGACAACCACUUGAUCCUCGUCGAUCUGCGCAACCGGGGCACGGAUGGGGGGCGAGCUGAACGGGUCCUAGAGCUCUGCUCCAUCGCCUGCAACAAGAACACCUGUCCAGGAGACAAAAGUGCUUUGCGUCCCAGCGGGCUGAGAUUGGGGACACCGGCUCUCACCUCCCGAGGAUUCCUGGAAGAAGACUUUAAGAAAGUUGCUCACUUCAUUCACAAAGGUAUAGAGCUCACUUUACAGGUGCAGAGCGACGUGAGCCCCAAAGCCACGCUGAGAGAAUUCAAAGAGAAGCUGGUGACGGAGCAGAAGUAUCAAGGGCUGCUGAGGUCCCUCAAGGAGGAGGUGGAGACCUUCGCCGAUUCCUUCCCGCUUCCCGGCUUGCCUGUGUUGUAAAGGAGCCAUAUCUGGAAUGGCAGCCCACCCCAGCUGCCCUCUUGCAAUGGGACCCUCCUCCUUCAAUGCCCCUGUCUUUCGUUUCUCUUGGGUCGGCUUCUGCUUUUAUAAUCCGCUUCUUAGCCAAUUCUUUUCCUCCCUUUUUUAAGAAGAAAAAUGCACCAGAGCUGGGAAGGAAAUGGAACAAGGACAAAUGUUAGUACCACCCUCUCUGGAACGGUUAAUGACAGCCCAGUAUUACAUACACACACACACACCAGGUAGCAUUACCUUCAAGCAGAUCCUAUCUAGACGUCUUGCCAGAAAAAAACCCCUAUUGAUGGAACAGGAGAAGCAUCUCUUCUAGAGAUGCUUUGAAAAGAAAUUGGCCAUUUAGGGGGGAAAAAUUGUGCUUCAAACUGUUUUGCAUUAAGUUACAGAAUUUAUUGCCACAAUUUAUAGGGAUGACAAUGACUUAAGCAGGAGUGGGCCUUCCGUUCACCACACAGCCCUUCCAGGAAACCUUGUGGUUGGCCGUGGAGGGAAGCAGGAAGCUAAACAAUGCGGGGAUUUAUUUCUCUCGCACACCUGAGCUUGUCCCAUGGAUUCUACUUCAUUUCCAAAAAGCAGAUGUGUCGUUCAAGGAAAGGGACACUUUUAAUGACAAGCUGAGCAACAUAUUUGACACCGACUACUUCCCACUUGCAGUUUAUCUCCCCAUCAUCCACAGUUGCCUUCACUGUACUAGAUGCACAAGCCCAAAGAUACUGUCAGGACAGUUUUUACUAAGCACAAUAAAAUUAAGAAUUUUACCAUGAGUGCAUGGGUUAGAUAAGCUUUAAAAAAUACAACAAUAUAUAUAUAUAUAUAUAUAUUUGUAUUUCAAAAAAUAGUUGUGCCCAAAUAAAUAAUUUCCUUUUUUAAAUAUA